UGUUCAUAGACAAAAACCUGUUUCUUCUCUCUAGUAUUCAAAAAAAAAAAAAAAAAUGAAGUUGGCUCUGCAUUUGUUAUUCAUUCUCAAUACCCUCAUCUACAUGAAUCACCUACUACUUGCCUUCCAAUCUCUUCCCACAGCUGCCUUGAAUCCAACUAAUGAAAAUGACAGACUUGCAUUGUUGGCCUUCAAGGAUCGAAUUGUUGGAGAUCCAUUAGGAAUCCUGACCUCUUGGAAUGAGUCUCCUCAUUUCUGCAAUUGGACAGGAGUUUUAUGCAGUAAGAAGCACCAAGGUAGAGUUACUGUCUUGAAUUUAGCAAGCCAAAAGCUGGUUGGUUCAAUACCCCCUCACAUAGGAAAUUUAUCCUUCCUAAGGGGAAUCAACCUCAGCUACAACAGCUUCACAGGCGAGAUUCCUCCACAAAUUGGUCGAUUGUUCCGAUUGAGAUAUCUUGAUCUCAAUUACAACAAUUUUCAUGGUAAAAUCCCAAUCGAACUUCAAAAUAUAUCGAAAAGCCUACAGGUUGUCCAGGUCGCUGCAAAUCAAUUAAUAGGAAGUAUACCACAAAUGUUGGGCAAUGCAUCUUCACUUAUGUAUCUAUCCUUGGCAAGAAAUAAUUUACAAGGAAGUAUACCAGCGGAGCUUGGAAAACUUCUAAAGUUGCGAUUUCUACAGCUUUCUCUAAACAAUUUAUCCGGGGAGGUCCCACUUUCUAUUUACAAUUUAUCGUCACUAUAUCUACUUUCUUUUGCAGCGAACCAAUUGCAUGGUAGAAUUCCAUCUGAUAUUAGCUUCACUCUUCCUAAUCUUCGGUAUUUCCUUGCCCCUGAAAACCAUUUUUAUGGAGAGGUACCAACUUCUUUCGUAAAUGCUACCAAACUAGGUUGGCUUGACCUGGGGACAAACAAUUUCAGUGGAGGGGUUCCUUCAAACCUUGGAAACUUAAGGAAUCUUACAUGGCUAGAUCUCUCAGGAAAUCAGUUGGAAAGUGCAGAAGGAGAAGGUUUAGGUUUCAUAACUUCUUUAACCAAUUGCACCAACCUCCGCAAAUUGUAUCUCGAUCAGAAUAAUUUCAAAGGUGUAUUGCCCCUUUCAAUUGCCAAUCUUUCAACUAAGCUUGAAACAUUCACUAUAGGUGGAAACAUGCAGAUUUUAGGUGAAAUCCCUGAAGAGAUUGGGAAUCUGGUUGGCUUAAGCAGACUUGUGAUCGUCACUACGAGUAUUACAGGUGACAUUCCAUCUUCCAUAGGCAAACUGGAGAAGCUAUCUGAUCUUCAACUAUAUGAGAAUAGAAUUUCAGGGCCAGUUCCAUCCUCGCUUGGAAAUAUCACCGAAAUGCUUACAUUGCAACUACAAGACAACUAUUUGAAGGGUCCUAUUCCUCCUAGUUUGGGAAAUUAUUCAAAACUUGAAUCUCUUCGCCUUGAUAGUAAUUUCUUGUUUGGUAGCAUACCAAAAGGACUUUUUAGCCUAUCUCAUGUCUUGGAGGUCGACUUAUCACAAAAUUCAUUUACAGGACAAUUGCCCAUAGAUUUAGCUGGAGGUAAGAUGACCAAUCUUCUGAAGUUGAAUGUUUCACACAAUCGAUUGUCAGGAGGAAUUCCAAGUGCCUUAGGAGAUUGCUUGAUGUUGGAGGGACUCUGGAUGAGUGAUAACUUGUUUGAAGGAGGCAUCCCAUCAUCAUUUAACAAUUUGAAAAGCCUUGUAACAUUGGACCUCUCCAAUAACAAAUUGUCUGGCAAAAUUCCAGAAUACUUCCAAAAUUUUCCUUUGUUACAGUACCUAAACUUAUCAUUCAAUAAUUUUGAAGGAGUGUUGCCAACUGGAAGGAUCUUUGAAAAUGCAAGCAUAAUUUCUGUUGCUGGAAACCCAAAACUCUGUGGAGGCAUGCAUCAACUAGGACUUCCUUCAUGCAAGAUCAAAGAUAGAAAGCUUCAUCGUUUGAUCAUGCUGAUUUCAAUAAUUGCUUCAUGCUCAAUAUUCUUGAUGGCAUCGCUUCUUGUUAUCUUUGCAUAUAGAAGAUCGAAAAGAAAAGCUUCAACUUCUACCGAAGUGCAAGAUCCAGAGCAAUAUCCAAAGAUUUCUUAUGCAGAGCUAAGUCAGGCAACCAAUGAGUUCUCAUCAACCAACUUGAUAGGCAAGGGAAGUUUUGGUUCUGUGUAUAAAGGAAUUCUAUGUCGAGAUGGAAUGCCAGUGGCAGUGAAGGUGUUAAACCUUAAGAGGAGAGGAGCUACCAAGAGUUUUAUGGCUGAGUGUGAAACAGUGAAAAAUAUUCGACAUCGGAAUUUGAUCAAGAUUAUAACUAUUUGCUCAAGUAUAGACUUUAGAGGAAUUGAUUUCAAGGCUUUGGUCUAUGAGUUCAUGCAAAAUGGAAGCUUAGAGGAGUGGCUACAUCCAAAUGGAGAUCAAGCUAAUGCACACAAUUUAAGCAUCGUUCAAAGACUCAAUAUAGCCAUUGAGGUCGCUUCGGCAAUUGAAUACCUACAUAACUAUUGCCAACCGUCAAUUGUUCAUGGGGAUCUUAAGCCAAGCAAUGUUCUACUUGAUGAGGAAAUGGUUUCUCAUGUGGGUGAUUUUGGCCUGGCAAGAUUUUUAUCAAUUUCUCAAAACCAAAGUAGUUCCAUGGGUGUGAGAGGAACAAUUGGCUAUGUAGCCCCGGAAUAUGGCAUGAGCAAUAAGGUAUCCAAGUAUGGAGAUGUCUACAGUUUUGGAAUUCUCUUAUUGGAGAUGAUUACAGGAAAACGACCAACUGAUUCAAUAUUCAAAGACAGCUUCACCAUUCACCAAUUUGUCAAGACAAGGCUUCCUGAAAGAGUGAUUGAUAUUAUAGAUCCUUCAUUGCUACAGGAGGUUCAAGAUGCAAAAAAUUCAGAAGCAAGGAAAAUGAGAAAGGGAGUUGGUGUUUUGGAGAGCCUCUUAGCAGUUGCCGAGGUUGGACUUGUCUGCUCAAUGGAGUCACCAAGUGAAAGAACGGAGAUGAAAGAAGUUGCAGCAAAUUUAUAUGCCAUUAGAGACAAAUUCCUCGAUCGGUAGAAACAUAUGAUUCCCAUCAGUUGACUCCAUCCAUAUCAAAGUAGAGUUAGUAGCUUAGGAAUACUCUGUUUUGUGCCUAUAUUUAUUAAUUAUAGUCUCUUUUUUUUUAUCUUCUUUUUAAGUCAACUUGUUAUUUAUUGUUAUGAUUUUGGACCGAGUUGUAUGAAAUAUGGUUUCUUUUAAUGCA